CUGAGCCUGGGUGAAAUGGUUGCGCGCAUGCGCAACGCUGCAGACCUCGACUAAAUUGAGGUCUUUGUUGAGACCAAAAGACAAAUCUUGUUCGAGCUUUUCAGAUAUCUCAGGGAUAUUUCGUGAAAAGACAACCGUGUUGUAUACAAUCGCGAGCCUGAUUUAAUCCCGAACACGAACUCAAGGAUGUUAGCAUAGCUGACAACAUCGGAUGUACACAAACAAACCCAUCGCUGCCGUUUUAAGGUGGUAUUUUUUUUUUUUUUUAGCGCAGUUUGGUUUGGUUUAUUUUAACAAUUACGACAAGCGGUUUGCCGACAUGGGGAACAGUCAUAAUUUAAAGGAGUAGAUCUCUUCACCUCCAGGAUAUCAUGAAAGAGGAGAGGAGUAUUUGUAUGGAAAGGCUGCCGAUGGCACGCAGAAGUGGGGUUCAACUUUCCAGCUGCCUCGUCCAGACAGAGGAGAAGAGGGAAGCAGAAAGAGGAUAUUUGUGGGCCAGCUUUAUUUCACAUAAAUAGUCAGGCUGCAAUAUUUGGGAUCAGGUGGGAGAUGGAGACUGUCGGGAAAUUCGAGUUCAGCAGGAAGGACCUUAUAGGACACGGUGCCUUCGCAGUGGUAUUCAAAGGCAGGCAUCGAGAGAAGCAUGAUUGGGAAGUUGCAGUCAAAUGCAUAAAUAAGAAGAAUUUGGCCAAAUCUCAGACUCUUCUGGGGAAAGAGAUCAAGAUAUUGAAGGAACUGAAACAUGAGAACAUUGUUGCAUUGCACGACUUCCAGGAAACGGCAAGCUCUGUGUACCUAGUGAUGGAGUACUGCAAUGGGGGAGACCUGGCUGACUACUUGCACUCUAAGGGCACUUUAAGUGAAGACACCAUCCGAGUAUUCCUGCAGCAGAUCGCAGGGGCCAUGAGGGUCCUUCAGGCCAAAGGGAUCAUCCACAGAGAUCUGAAACCCCAGAACAUCCUGUUGUCCCAUCCUGCUGGCCGAAAGUCCCACUCCAACAAUGCCUGUAUCAAGAUAGCUGACUUUGGCUUUGCACGGUACCUCCAGAACAACAUGAUGGCCGCCACACUCUGUGGGUCCCCAAUGUACAUGGCACCUGAGGUUAUCAUGUCACAAAACUAUGAUGCCAAGGCUGACCUGUGGAGUAUAGGGACCAUUGUGUUUCAGUGCCUGACUGGAAAGGCUCCAUUUCAGGCCAGCAGUCCCCAGGACCUCCGCUUGUUUUAUGAGAAAAAUAAAACUCUUAGCCCAAACAUUCCCAGAGAAACUUCCAGCCAUCUCAGACACCUGCUGCUUGGCCUCCUGCAGAGGAACCAUAAGGACCGUAUGGACUUCGAUGAAUUCUUCAGACACCCCUUCUUAGAGGCAAGCUCCUCUAUGAAGAAGUCUGCUCCAGUGACUGUGACUUGCUUUCCCAAUUCAGCCUCUGCAAGCUCAUGCAGCAGUUCGUCUACUUCACACCUGGCCUCUCCUCCUCAAUCCCUUGCAGAGAUCCAGCAGGUCCGUGCAAAGGCAUUAGCCUCCCCUACCCAGGAUUCUCCAGGAUACCUGCUGAAGGACUCGGGAGGUGGCGGAGGUGGCAGCAGUAGCAAGAACUCGUCCUGUGACACUGAUGAUUUUGUCAUGGUUCCAGCUCAUUUCCCCAGUGAGCUUACCUGUGACAUGCCGACAGGAAAGGUUAUCCAGGACAGUCUGAUGUAUAGUGGGAGCUCUCUUCUGGUGUCUGGAGGUCAGUGCAGUCAAGUUAAGACCCCUCCACGCUCUCCCUCCUACAGCAGCUCUCCAGGACCCAGCGGCAGGCCGAAUGAGUUUUCUGGGAGUAACUAUGGCAACUAUGGGCAGUCUAUACCCAUUCCAGUCCCCACACAGAUUCACAACUACCAGCGCAUGGAGCAAAACCUCCAGUUCCCAGGUCAAGAGGGCUCUCCACGGUCUGCCACGGUCCAGAGGUGUAGUAGCGGGAGCUUUCUGGCCUGUGGGAGGACAGGGCCUUCUCCUCCUCAGUCUGGUUCUGCUCUCACUUCUCGCAGGCUGUCCACAGGAGGCACAAAACCCUUCCAGCUCUCUCCACAGGUGGGCACUAUUCCUGAGUUGCCAGGCCAAGUUUGCCCAGCGAGUGCAGAAAUGGUUCACAGGGGCUCUCGCGGUGGAGAAACCAAGGCUCGGCCACAACAGCAGGGUCUGGGUACGCGGCUCAACAGCGCUCCCUGUUUGCUGGAGGCGGCUGGUGGGUGCAGGCAGAAGAUCAGGAAGCAGCAUUCAGACCCAGUGGUAGCCCCUCAGGGAAACAUGAUGCCCUUUAGGACCCUGCACUCCUCACCCAGGCUCAGUGAACUUAUGCAACGCAACCCCCUACCAACCAUCCUGGGUUCUCCUUCCAGAGCCAUGCCCCCAUUUGAGUUUCCCAAGCCCCCGAGUUCCCCAAACAUGGUUACGUUUCUGACCCACCAGGGCCUCAGACCAGCUCAGGGAGAGGCAAGUUUGUCACCUGUCUAUCAGCCUGAGGAGAGGAAAGGCUUUGGGAGGUCUCAGAGUACUGAUGUGCUGCUUAUGGCGGCGUUUGGGGGGCAGAGAGGAGAAAGAGGCAGCAAUGAGAAUCUCAAUUCUGACAGAGGCAUAGACAUCACAGCACCACCUGGUGGUGGAGGCAUCGUGGUGGGCUCAGGUAGCCCUGCUCGAGUAGUGUUCACUGUGGGUUCUCCACCCAGUGGAGGAACACCUCCUCAGAGUUAUCGCUCAAGAAAAUUCUCAGCAGGCUCUUCAAGCUCCAUUAGUCCAGUAGGGUCCCUCACAAGCCGCUACCCACAAACAGGCAUUUACAUGGACGGCUACGAGGGGCCCUCCAGUCCCCGCUACGGUUUCACUGACCCCAUCUCAGCCAACCUAGAAGGAGCUGUGACUUUUGAAGCCCCUGAACUACCAGAGGAGACCUUAAUGGAGCAGGAACACACAGAGACUUUGCGCAGGCUCAGGUUCAUGCUGGAUUUUGCUCGAUGUAUGGUGGAUGUGGCAGAAGCCCGGGGUGGAGAGGCUGCCCAGGCUGACCUCUCUUCCACCGGCCUGCUCCAGCAACAAACCCUGGUGGCCGACCAGAUCAGCUCUUUGAGCCGAGAGUGGAGUUAUGCUGAGCAGUUGGUGCUUUACAUGAAGACUGCAGAGCUUCUGUCAUCUUCAAUACACACAGCCAUGGAAGGCAUCAAGCAGGGAAAACUCUACCCCUCCACCACCGUCAAACAAGUGGUUAGGAGGCUGAAUGACCUGUAUAAGUCCAGCGUGAUGUCCUGCCGCUCUCUGAGCGCUCAGCUGGAGCGAUUCUUCUCCCGUAAACACAAACUCAUGGACCACAUUAACAGCAUCACCGCAGAGAGGCUACUCUUCAGCCACACUGUACAGAUGGUGCAGGCGGCUGCUCUGGAUGAGAUGUUUCAUCAAGGGGAAGCAUCAGUUCAGCGCUACUAUAAGGCUUUGCUGCUCAUGGAGGGUCUGUCUCUCCUCCUCACAGAACAGGCUGACAUCCUCAGCAUUAGCAAGUGUAAGCAAUGCAUUGAACGCCGUCUCACCGCCUUGCAGUCGGGUCUCUGUGUGUAAAGUCUCUCCACCACGCUGCUAUUACACCGUCAAGAUUAACGUUUCCUCCCUGAGCAACUUUCUCCAUCUUUUUCCAUUUCCACCUCUAAGUGCUGUGGGGGAGGGACUGGCCCUCUAAUUGGACCAAGUUAAUUUGAUUGACAGCUGAUGUCAUAGUGGUGGAAAGAUACACAAAUGUGGAUGUGUUGCCACUUUACGUCAUCACAGACACGGAAGGACAGAAAAAUACCUGUGUCUGUAGUCAAGAUGAAACCUGUUUUCUCUCACUGAGUAUAAAGUGUAGUACAAGAUGUUUCUCGAUGCACUUGUUGGCUCAAAUAUCCAUGUUAUCAAUGGGUUGUGCAAUCUGAGUUAAUUUGAGACAAGGUUUACCCACCCAAGAACAUCAGUUUCUUACAUUUUCCUUAGUUUGUAUGUAGUUAUCUGCCCAUUCACUACGGUAACUAGUAGAGACGUUAUAAAAACACUUUUAAGAUGAUUAUUAGUGAUGUAUUAGUGCAUUUGCGGGUGAUUUGUAUGAUUGAAGUCGUUUUAGUUGGUUGGUUGGUUGAAAUCCAAGUGUCCAGUUAGAAGAAGUUAUAAUCGCUAGAUAAAUGUUGCAGACCAGCAAAACGGUGAUUUUUGUGCACCAUGUGAAUGUUAUAAAAGGCCCAAAUUCUCCCUCACAGGGGAAAGUAAUCAAAAAUUCAAUGACCAAAUUACAAGCCAUUCAUAAAACAAAUUAUUUAGCCAAUUAUUUAAAAGACUUUCUCAUCGUUUCACAGCAGGAAACUGUAUAAAGCCAGCAAAAUCAUUUGUAGCACUUUAGUGAAUGUUUACCAAGUAAGAGCAUGUCAAACCCUGUUUCCUCCCUAAAAUGUCUAAGAAUUAAUAUUGUGUGCGUUGUUUGGACAUCUCUUAUGACCUGUUCAGUUUCUUCCUUUUUUAAAUGGCUAAUAUUGUGUUUUUAUUUUUGUGUUUGGCAAUCAUUUGUCUGAAUGUAGGUCGGCUUUUUAGGUUUAUGUCGCAUUAGGGCUUAAACUGAGAGCAACACAAAGUUCCUGCACCAUCACAGAGGAUUUUAAGUGUUAUUUAGUCAGAAAUAUUAUGCCAAAAAAGAUCUUUCUAGUUUAGAUAAUGGCGGUAUUAACGUUGGCCCGCUCAAUAUUAGGUUGGCAUCCGAAUUUAUAAUGAACUCUUGAUUAUACCUCUUAUUGGAAUCCUAUGUGUGCCCUAGUAAUCAGUCCUAGAUUAAACUGACUUUAAUGCCCAUUUUAGUGGGGUUUUUUUUUUUUUUUCUGAGGACAGAAUGUACUUCCUUUGGGUUGUGCAUGCAUAGUUAUUCCUGUUGUUGAUGUGAGCUGUGUAUAAUCUGACACAGGUAUAUAAAGGACAGGUCUUAAGUAGUCUAUUCUAGCUUGCUGCACUGUUUGAGAUCUCUUUAGCAGAAGACAUUCAAAAACGAGCGGACCAUUUAGUGUGAAUGCCACAUUAGAGUUAUAUAGUCAGUGCUUUUUAGUCUUUAUUUCAAUUGUGCUGUAAAUGAACAGCGUGUUUAUGUGUUGAAAAUAUUUAAAGCAUUUUUAAAAUGUGCCUUUAAAGAAAAAAAAGCAAAAACUGAAACACUGAAAAAAUAUUUUGCUCUGUUAUAUUUCUUUUCUUUCUUUUUGUACAUUGUCAGUAUGGAGUGUGUAGUGAUUUGAUUGGUUGAAUUUGACUGGGGGAAGGAUUUAAAUUUGCUUCUUUUAUAUGUGUGUGAAUGUAUUUGUGUUUAAAUAUCAUACAUACUAGUUUUCUUUGAAUAAACUGAAGUGCGUUGUCAUGAUAGUAGUGAGGCAUAAGCUAUUAUUUCUGUUUUGAGUUCCAAAGGCCAGUUGCUAUAAUAGUAACAUGUAUUUUCUUCCUCUAAUACAUACCACUUAAAUUGCAAUUUUAACAACUUUGUUAAAAAGACAAAUAGCUUUUUUAGUUUCUCUGUCAGAACAAUUUGAGGAUUAUGCUGCAUUAAGGUGUUUUCCACAUGCAGUGUAUUUGCGUUGUGCUUUUUAAUCUGCAUAAAAUAAAAAACAUGUUUAAUCCAUCAAAUGUUAAUUGCCGCCUAAAAUGGACAUUGGAUGUAUUGUGACAUUUUAAAUCACUGUGUACAGCAUGAAGUGUUUGUUUUCGGUAAGGUCAUCUCUGAUUUGAGCAUCACUUUGUCAUUGAUCUGCAGACACUAAAUCUUGCUAUAUGUGAGCUCACCAGUUCUGCAUCGCUACAUGUCUGACAGUCUCAUUUUGUUUUCCUGUCAUUAAUAACGUACAUCUGUUUUACCUUGAUCUCUCGGUUUCAUGUGUAAAUAUGGAUUGUAAAUUAUCACUUUAAACUUGUACAUUAAAUAAACGCAUGGAGAUUUGCUUUCCGUCACCCUCUCCCCACCAAAGAUAUGAACGUUCCCAAUUGUGACUGUUGAUAAACAUUUACAGUUGUUUGUUCUGUAAAAAGACCUGUACACACUCUUUCAUGUCAAAUGUAAGAUGUUACUCUUUGCUUUAAACAGUACAGCACCAAUAAAAGAGAAAAAAUUGAAAAA